AUGCUUGGAAAUGUAAUAAUUUUAAGUAUUUAUGUUGUUCAAAUAAAAAGUCAAAGAGAAAAAAAAAUUUCAUCAAAUGAAAUUAUGCCGGUUGAUAACAUAAACAAGCUAUCAGAUAAUAUAAAAACAGGAGUUAAAGAAGAAGUCGAUUUACCGUCUUCAAAAUCAUGUAUUUCAAAGUCAAAUAUGCCAAAGAGUACAUUAAAUGAUGUUUCAUUUGAACCAAUGACCAUAGAGGAAAUGAGUAACCAAAGUGGUCUUGUAAAAGCAUAUAAUUACAUGAAAAAAUUUCAUGUUAAUAAAAACGCGGAAGCUCUAUUCUUUUAUUUAACAAACUUAGCGCAGAUUCAAUUUACUUCGGAACUUGCCUGUUGUACUGAUCUUGAAACAUUAUUGUAUGACAUUUCUCAAUGUAAAAACAUUUAUAAUAAAGAUACAUUAAAGCUAGCUAAUUUUAUUAGGCAAUGUCUAACAAAAUAUACUAAAAAUGAUAAAAAAUCUUUAAGAAGUGAAAUGGAGUCAUCAGAAAGUCAAACUCCUACUACCAAAAAAAGAAACAAACCUAUUAUAUAUCAAGGAAAACGACGUUUAACGGGACUUUAUGGUGAGAAUGACAAUCUUCCACCUUCACCAGUUGUUACAAAAAAAUCUAAAAAAUCUGAUUCUGGUAGUAUGAAAGUAAUAAAUAGUUUAUUAGAUCAAACAGUUUCAUGUGGUCCUUCAUUUGGUGAGUCAUUAAAUCAAGUAAAACAAAAAAAAUCACCUAUAAAAAAAAGGGGACCACAGGUAAUUGAUUCAACUUCAAUUAAUGUAAAAGAGGAAGUUGAUUCUAAUGAUAAAGAUGAAAUAGUAGUUACUAAGAAGCCAAAUAAGAAAGGUCACAAUAUUAAAUUUGUGGAUGAAGUUUACCCUAAUACACCAAUUGUUCAAAUUCGGGAAUUUGAACUUAUUCCAAAUGAAAGAACUCAUUUUCAACCAAAUAUGGUAUCUAAUAAUAUUGCAAUAGAUUAUAAUACUAUGAAUGAAGGAACGGUUAUGAGACGUCAUUUGGAUGAUGAAGAAAAUUCAACAGAUGAGGUAAAAGAGGUAGAAAAUGAGUUACCAUAUGAGAUAUCAAAGAUUGACAGGAGAUAUGUAGAGGGAAUUCCUUUAUCAUAUGAAAUAGUAAACCAAUAUAUCUAUGAAAUUUUAAAAGAUACUAAUCCUGUAAAAUAUCCUAAACAUGCACUAUACAAAGAAACACCAGAUUAUAGACAAUAUUUAGAACAUUUAAAUACAGAACAAUCAAAUGGGUUAAGGGCUUUUCAUGAUAAAAAUUCUAUUACAAAUCUUCAUGAUGAAACUAUCAAAAAAGUUGAUGUUGGGGCUGAUGAUAUAAUUGAAUAUAAUUUUGAUGUUCCAGUUCGAAAUAAUGAAGGAAUUCCAGAAGAAAAGGAUAAGGAUAAAGCUUUAACUUUAGUUGAAAAACUAAAAACAAUAAGAGGUCCCGUAUCUGGUGAAAUUAAUUCUAUAAUGGCAAAAUUAAGAGAACAGGGAGUUAUAAAAGCAGCAAAUGAUGCACUUGAUAGGUCUCCAAUGAAAAAAUGUCCUGAAAGAAAACCAUUGAUUAAUAAUGUUGAUGAUAUGAGUUCACUAACUCCGGAAUCAUACUUACCUACAAAUAAUCAACGUGGUUCAUGGGAAUUGGCAUCUGUUGUGACACCUCCUUCUGUAGGUGGUGGAUGGACUUCUAUGAAUAGUGGGCAAUUGAAUAGAGAAAAUACAUUUUCAGAAAGUAGAGCACAAUGUACCAAUUUACAUGGUAAUGAACAAACUGUUGGAUACAAAAAGGCAUGUGGAAUUGUUAUUAAUAAUAAAAAAAAAUCUUAUGAAUAUGACAAAGAACGGCACGGUAAUAUAAGAAGAAAUUAUGAUAAUUCUUCAAGGCGACGGAUAUCACCUCAACCUGAAUAUAGGAUAGAUAAUGAUGACAAAGAUCGUAACAGAAAACGACGUUUAGAUGAUGAAAGUCGUCGAAAUCCAUCUACCAAAAGACCAAAUUAUGUAUCGAAACACAGGGAUGAUGAUUAUGAUGUUGUAGCUGAUAGAAGAUAUUUAACUGCUUCUCAUGUAUAG